AAACCCGUUUCGUAUCCAUUCAUCUAAAAGUCGUCGUCUUUCAUUUCCUCUCACACUCUCCAUUAUUAUCCGUCUUUUCCAAAAUUGAAGGGUUUCAAGUUUCGUUUUAAUCUCACACGAAACGCAAAAGUUUCGAUCUUCCCUCAAAUGUUUGGCCCCUUUGUCCUCCCAAUUUAUCAGGCAUAUAUUAGUGUCCUUCGUUGCCCAAUUGCCACAAAUAUUAUUUCUAUGAGAAAGCAUGCCUUCUGAAACAGAUAAAUGGGGCUGGAAACAUGUUAGUGUGUUUGGUGGAUUUGACAAAGGUAGUGGUACAAAAAGAUGGAAAUGCAAUCACUGUAAUCUCAGAUACAAUGGUUCCUAUUCCCGUGUGAGAGCCCAUCUUCUUGGAUUCACUGGUGUUGGCGUGAAAAGUUGCCCAACAAUAGACAAGUCUUUGAGAGAAGAAUUUCGGAUAUUAGAAGAGGAACGUCUUCAAAGGAAGAAGAAAAAGAAUCCUCUUAGUGCAAAGAUUGGUAAGCGCAUGAAGAAUUGUCAAUUGAACUAUGCUAGCUCGAUUAGAACACUUGCUAAAGAAGAUGUAGAUGAGACCGUAGCUAGAUUUUUCUAUGCUGAUGGAUUGAACAUGAAUGUAGUGAAUUCCCCAUACUUCCGAGAAAUGAUCAGAACACUUGCAGCUUUUGGUCCUGGAUAUGAACCCCCGUCUAAAAGUAUGCUGUCUGAUACUUUUCUAAAUAAAGAAAAAACAAAGUUGGAAAAAGCCAUAACCUUAGUAAGGGAGUCCUGGCCGCACACAGGGUGCACGAUAAUAUGUGUCAAUCGUGUUGAUGGAUCACUUGGAUGCUUUUGUAUUAACUUCUUCAUUGCAAGCCCGAGAGGAGUUAUGUUUCUGAAAUCAAUUGAUAUAAAUGAAGGGGAUGAAGCUGACAACUUAUUUAUCAAUGUUCUCAGUGAUGCCAUAGUAGAAAUUGGACCCAGAAAUGUAGUUCAAAUAAUAACGCAUCUUGGCCAGGCAAGUAGUGCUUUCGAAUCGGUUAUAUUAUCAAAGUUUUCUAAUAUAUUUUGGUCCCAUUGCACUUCACAUUCUAUCCAUCUGCUGAUGGAAGAGAUUGCUGAGUUGGACUGGAUGAAAUCUGUUGUUUUGUGCGCUAGGGGAAUCGAGCAAGUUAUUUCUGCAUACCAGCGGUUUUGUUCCUGUGAUGUAUACAAUUGGAUGGAGAUUUCUGAUACGUUGUCAAUGAAAUUUGCACCUUCAUUUUGUUUAGUCCAAAGGAUAUUUGAAAUGAGGCAAGAAUUACAAGAAAUAGUUAUGAACAUUGAGUGGAAGCAGUGGAAGCUUGCGGCUUCAUGUGAUGUUGUGAACACAGAAGGCACCAUUUUAGGGGAAGAAUUCUGGUGUAGGGCACAGUUGAUGUUGCAGCUGUGUGAACCUUUUGUUCGGCUACUUGCUACAUUCAGUAUAGACAAAUCUGUGAUGGGAGAUGUAUACAACUGGCGGGUUCAGUCACUUGAAGUUGUGAGGAGCAGGGGCAUUGAUGACAUUGCACUUAGUCAAAUGGAGUUACUGAUAGACAGGAGAUGGGAUAUGUUAUUUUCACCGCUUCACGCAGCAGGCUACAUGCUGAACCCAAAGUAUUUUGGGAGAGGUCAAAGCAAGGACAAAACUGUAAUGCGGGGAUGGAAGGCCACUUUAGAUAGAUAUGAGCAUGAAAGUAGUGCAAGGAGAUUGCUUAGAGAACAACUUAGUGUUUACUGGAGAUUGGAGGGAUCGUUGGGAGAAGAAGAUGCUGUUGAAUAUAGAGAUAAGAUGGAACCAGUUGCAUGGUGGGAAAAUUUUGGUUUUGAAACACCACACUUGCAGACUUUAGCCAUAAAGGUUCUGAGCCAGGUUUCUAGUGUCUCGUUGUGUAGAGAGAGUGGGCAAUGUGACAGUCUUCCAUGUCGAGAAACUGUGAAAAGGAUGGGAGUCGAAAGGGUGGAGGAUCUUGCCUUUGUGAGGAAUAACCUUGGGCUUUUGACCCUCAAACACGGGAACACUAAUUUUAUAUCUAUGCCUAAAACUGGGAAUUCGUGCUGUAUGACUGGAUGUUCAUAGUAGAAGAAUUGCACGGCUAGACAUGGAUAUGAUAUCAAUGUUUGUUAACAGAAUAUUAUGGCAAUUAAUCUCUUGGGGUUUUCAUUUUCAUUUUGAUUACUUAGGUUUGAUGAUGGCAUGAUGCCUGUUGUAUAUUGCAGGUUGAGGUACAUCUGAUUGUAACUUUACCAUUAGCAUUUUCUUUGCUUUCUUUAUUAAUGCUGAUACUGAUACUGAUACUGAUA